GCGAGAAAACGCUUGGAAAACUCGGCAAGCAGUUUUUCCUGCUCAAAUGAUCUUCGUCUCAGUUACUGUUUUCAGCUGUGUUCCAGAAAGCUGAGGCUUCUCUGAGCCAGACUUCUGGUCAGUGAAGUAUCAGUGUCCUCGUGCGAGCACUUCCAGCAGACCCCUACUGAUAGAUUGCACGAUAGCGGAGACAUCUUGCAUUAAAUAGUGCCCUACCAAAAAAAAGCUUUACAAAGUGCCAGAGAGAUUUUUUAUCAGUUUGAAAGUUUUUCUUCAUCUAGCUCUCUAGUAAAGAUGGAUGUAAAGCUAAGAGAUCGGGACUUCUGGUAUAGCCUCCAUGGCCAAGUCCCCGGGAUGCUGGAGUGGGACAUGGGAAAUGAAUUUUUCCUGCCUUGUACCACAGAUCAGUGCUCUUUGGCUGAGCAGAGUCUUGCCAAAUACAAAAUUCAACUGCUAAAACCACCAGCACAGCCUCAGGAGAGGAAGCCCAGUCCUGAAGAUGAUGGUCCUCCCACUGAACCCAGCUUGUGGAUGUGGGUGAAUCCCAACCUUGUGUGCCCCGCCAACAGCAAAGAGGCUCCAAAUCCCAGUCAUAAAGUCCUGCCAAGUGCACCAGGCCCCAAGACUGAUGAGUCUGGCUGCUUAGCGACUCAGAGAGUGAUGCAGCCCUUGCCUUUUCUCCACACCGAGCAAUGUCAGCAACCAAAGCUGUCCACGGUCUCCAACGACCCUGACUUCAUAGAGGAGGAGACUGAGGAGCAGGAAUGCACAUCCUCGAACAAAUACAACAAGAAGCCCCACACGCUGUACCCCGAGAGGCAAUCCUGGCCACGCCCUCCUCUCAACUACAGCCAUCUAGUUGCUCUAGCAUUAAAAAGCAGCCCUUCCUGCGGCCUCAAUGUGCAGCAGAUUUACAAUUUUACUCGACAACAUUUCCCCUACUUCCGGACAGCACCAGAGGGCUGGAAAAACACCAUUCGCCACAAUCUCUGCUCCCUGACCUGCUUUGAAAAGGUGCCAGUCCCCCUUGAGGAUGAGGGGGAUGGAAAACCUCGCUCUUUUCUCUGGAAGCUCACUGACGAGGGACACCGCUUCUUUCAGGAGGACACCCGUGUCCUGGCCUAUGCUCGAAAGGAGAGCAUCAAGCAGUGUAUGCGCCAACCAGAGCUGAUAGACCUUCUCUUUCAUUUUUAAUGUUUUCUUCUUUUCUUGUGUGUAUGUAUG